CUGACGCGACGCGAUCGCGAAUCCAUUUAACAUUACCCAACUCUCCCGGUGUGCGGAUUACAAGUAGCCAGCCGGGGAACGUGGUCCUCGGCCACCUCAACGCACAAAAAGCCCCGACAACCACGAUGUCCGACCACGACGAUCUCACAGACGGCGAGCCGCCCUCGAUUGACCCGUACGAGGUCCUUGGCCUCGAGCGCACCGCAUCGCCGGAUCAGGUCAAAUCGGCCUACCGCAAAGCGGCGCUCAAAACUCAUCCCGACAAGGCUCCCGAGGACCAAAAAGAAGAGGCCAAAGCAAAAUUCCAAGAGGUCGCCUUCGCCUACGCCGUCCUCUCCGACCCGGCCCGGCGCAAGCGCUACGACGAGACCGGCUCUACAUCGGAGGCGGUCGUCGACUCCGAAGGCUUCAGCUGGACCGAAUACUACCGCGAGCAGUACCGCGAUGCGAUUUCAGAGGAAGCGAUCAAGCAGUUUGCAGCGCGGUACAAGAACUCGGACGAGGAGAAGGACGACGUUCUAGCGGCCUACGAGGAGUUCGAGGGCGACAUGGACAAGAUCUACGAGACGGUCAUGCUGAGCAACGUGCUCGAGGACGACGCGCGGUUCCGCGCGAUGAUCGACGCGGCGAUCGAGGCGGGCGACGUGCCGCGCUUCGAUGCCUACGCGAAGGAGACCAAGAAGGCCCGGCAGGCGCGCGUCAGGGCGGCCAAGAAGGAGGCGCAGGAGGCCGACGAGCUGGCCAAGGAGCUCGGCGUGUACGACAAGCUGCGCGGGGGCGGCAAGAAGAGCCAGAAGGAUUCCGAGGCUGGCCUGACCGCCUUGAUCCAGCGGAAUCAGGCGUCCAGAGCGAGCAUGCUGGACAAGCUGGCGGAGAAGUACGGGGCUGUGCCAAAGGCCGGGAAAGGCAAGAAGAGGGGGGCGAAGGUGCUGGAGGAGCCGGAUAUCUCGGAGGAGCAGUUCCAAGCGAUCCAGGCUGAUAUGGCGAAGAGGAAAAAACGCAAAUGACGGCUUGCUUUCGGAGCGCUGGCGUUUAUGAAGGCGGUUUUGGUCACCGGGCUCUUGGGCGAUGCAUCGAGGAUCGGCAUGGGGUAUGAAGGACUUGUGCCUCGGCGUUGGGAGGUGGGAUGUUUUUUCAACGUACUGGUCCGCUGAAUGCUUGUUUGCUGCUUACGUUUUCUGAACCUGCAAUUGCAAUGGCUCGUCAAAAGCAACUUAAAGCUGUGUUUUCCUACAUUUAAAUCCCAUUCGGGCCGGAUCAACGGCCCUCUCCCUCCAAUCUGGAGGUGUACGACCAAGACAAAGCUCAAGUGGCCAGAAAAUGAUUGGCCUUGGUUGGGCUCUUUCCCAGUUGGGCUCACUAACAGACGUCACCUGGUCAACGCGCACGAGGGCUGCU